GCAGCCAUCCAAUCCGCUUGCGAGUUGGGGCGUCGUCGCGGACCAAUGGGGCGGCGGCGCUGUCGCGGGUCACGUGGGAAGCCGGUUAGAUUUGAACGGCGGCAGACACGGCGCUGCCGCUGCUGCUGCUGCCCGGUCGCUCAGUCACUAGAUCGGUCACUAGCUUAGUCACUAGAUCGGUCACUAUAGCUCGUUCACUAUAGCUCGUUCACUAGCUCAGUCACUAGAUCGGUAGCUCAGUCGUUAGUUCGAUAGCUCAGUCACUAGCAAGGUCUACUAGCUCAUUCACUUGCACGGUCACUAGCGCGGUCACUAGCUCAGUCACUAGCGCGGUCACUAGCUCGGUCACUAGCACGGUAGCUCAGUAACUAGCUCAGUCACUAGCUCAGUCGCUAGCUCGCGAGUUUGCUUGCUCGGUCGCUCCGUCCGUCAUCCUUCAUGGACGACUCGCUGCACAGGAAUCUGCAAGACAAUGAGAGGCGCUUCAGGCGGAGGCUUGAGCUCAUAUUCGAGAAGUAUUCGCAUCCAUUUGAAGAUGCUCCCAUCGUUGACCUCGACAGGAUGACCUACGUUACCAAGUUUGGUGAAAAAAAAUGGAAUCCAGAUGACGACUUGGAAUAUAUGAUGCAUAUGGCAGAGCAGAGUCAUCGCAAAACAAGAAGUGAAGUUUUCCAUAAUGAAGCAACAUCAAUCAUCAGGAAUCAAGUCUUGCAGAUGCAAGAGCAGAAUAGAAAAGCAAUGCAAGGUGAAGAUAAACGUCACGCAGAGGUGGAGAAUGUGAAACAAUGUCAACAUGCAAAGGAGGAAGAGACCCUGCGCCAUUCUGAGAACCCGGGGGCAUUUGAUGAAGGUAAUAACAGCUUUCAUGAAAAGCAGUGCCUCACUGAGAAUGGCAUGUUGGAAGGCAGCCUUCAAGAGCAAGACACGUCAGCCAUGUCGGUUGAGAUGGUUAACCUUCCCUCUACUCCAUCAAUGCAACACACAGCUACCAACCACCAUGGAGGCCAGUUGCUCAAAUGUGUCAUCAUGGAGAUUUCACCUGAAGGCUCCCAUGCCCCCAUCAACCGGACUGGCACUGAAACCAGUCCAGUAUUCUCGGAUGAGGCAGUACCAGUGGACGUGAGCAACACCACCAUUGGGGAGGUGUAUCCAUACAUGCUCGCCAAGCUGUCAAAGCUCAUCGCCAAGGACAGCAGUCGGCAUACAAAACAACGUGCAUCGCACCACAUGUGGAGAAAGAAUGGGCACUUUCAAUUGGCGGCAGGCAGGGCAAGGGUGGCCCGGGAGCGAAAGCGAUUGGAUGCCGCCACGAGGAACUAUGAAAAAAGCUUGGUAAAGAUGUGGAACCCCGCUGAAAUUGAUGAGAGCGACGUCGCAAACGAUUGUAGAAUCUGUGGAGUAGUGGGUCACGUUAAACAAUAUAUUCCAAGUGAUCUUCGUGGUCAUUCUUGCUUUGAAAAGGAACAUUUUACUUAUGGAAGUAUGGAUAAGGGAUGCCAUCAGCAUGAUAGUGGGGUUACUGCUGCUUCUCGGCCACUCAUGAAUGUAUUGCGCAGUGACCAGAACAGCCCAGUGGAGGCAAAUACAUUGCAGCUCUGCUCAUUGACGUUCCCCAAGUCCAUGACUGCAUCCAUCCCAAGGAAGAGCAUCCCAAGGGAGUGCACACAUCACGCAUGCAGCCAUAGUGAGCAGCUCUGCAGACCAAUAUCCGAAAGCGCAUUGCCCUCCGCAUCACAGAGUUCUAGCAAGAAAAGCAGUUCUGUUAAUUUUGACCAACUGAUGCUUUCUGAGAAUAAUGCUACCACCGUGGCUACUCAUUCACUUUUAAAGGAUAAUGAUUCGGUGGGGAUUCACGAGGAGGCGAGGUCGUUCGUACCAGCCUCAGCUCUGUCGAUGCCCAACGCCCCAGAGUCUGCUCAGGGCCACAGGGCCCUUUGGCAAUUAGAACAGGAGAGCACGCACAGGUUUGCUUCGGAUGAUGCAUGUGUUACAUUGACAGAUGGGAGGUCGUAUGCACCCACGUUGCCAAAGAAUAGAUGGCUUUACCCUAACACCUCUGUCUGUCAGGCGAAUGCUUUUCCAUCAUCGGAUGUGGCUACAGAAACCUCUGUGCCAAGGUUUGUUUUGCCACAGGGUAGAAACAUGGCCGCAGUGACAAAUGAUGCACUCCUGAAUGGGGUGGACAUUACUGAGUAUGCCGAUGGCCUGUGGAGUGGUGAUGAGGAAGAAGGCAGAAUGCAUCCACGCUUACACACACGGGAGAAGGCCCUGAUGCCUCUUAGUGAGAAUGUCAUAAUUAGGUAUUUGGAGGAGGAGGAGAAAUACGUACAUUCCCAUCCACGUUUGGAAAGAGUUGGAAGUCCGCAGGACAAGGCGUCCAGACAGGUCCCCUCUGUCAACAGGAAUCGUUUCCUUUACACAAACGGUCCUUCAAAGGCAGCCACGCCGGAUAAACGAGACUGCGGUGACACCGGUGGCAGCCAAAAUUCUGCUUCGGACCGGAAACACGAAUUGUUGAAGCGCUUUUUGAAUCCUGCCGAGCAGGCACGCGACCACGGGCGUAGUGCCAGCCCGUCGCUGCUUCGGCAUAGGUCUGUGCCCUUGUCAUUUCCUUCACCGCGCUCGGAGCACAGGCACAGUGACCGGGCUCACUCCGUCAGAGCGGAGGCUCUCGCCCACUGCAUGAGCUAUGUCCAGACCAACGCAGGUGGAUACAACGCUACUCGGCAGCACAGUCCGAGAGGCCGCGAACGGGAAUUUGCGAGGGCCGCUAGGUCUGGGCUGGACAUUCUGACCAACAUCGAGUGCUCCCCUGUUAGCAGAAGGCUGUCGUUGAUGUCUUUGAGGUCACCGGUCCUCGCGUGCAGAUCGCCUUUGCCGAGAAGACAGAGUCGGAUUUCAGACUUUCCUUUGGACAGCUUGCAAGAGAUAGAUUGUGAUCAUCAAAUGCAUCCCUGUAGCCCCAUACAACGUUCGUGGUGCCCUGCAUCAGAUCCAGCAGCUAUUACACAAUUGGCACCUGACCUCCAAGGUUUGAGGAGUCCAGUCUCCACCAAACACAGGGAGAAUAUCCACAGAAAUCUGAUGCCGAGGAAGCUGAGCUACUCGAAUGAAAGCGACAGCGGGAAGGACAGCAGAAGCCAUCACCUCUUCAGAAGCCAUAGCAAGCCCUUGUGAUUGUGACCUAACUGGCGCCUCGCUGCCAACAAACCGUCAUACUUGCAUCAAACCAAUACGAGUCACACGAAGACGGUGCGAUCUUUUGGCAAAACAAAUAUUUGCCAUUUUUAUUAAUGAUACAAGUUAGUAAUUUUGUACCUAUUUUAAUUACCCAAGUCCCAUUUUUGUUUGUUAAGACGAUUUUUUAAUUAAAAUUUUAAUCAACUGGUCUUAAAUAGACCUCUACCGAGGUCUCCUGUACAAAACUAUGUUAAUAUUGGCUGUUUGUGGAAUAAAGAAUUUUGAAAUUA